AUCCAUCACAACUCGUCUCGACAAAAUAAUCUUUUCAUCCUUAGUAGAAAAAUGGCCUUCAACAAUGUUCAACUGCAUCUUGUAGCAGUAUUUAGCAAUAAAGGGUUCAGCAGUCCUGCGGCUUAUUCUCGAUACCUUCGCUUGUUUAGAGAUCGUCCCAUCAGUCCCUCCUUCUCAAUUCAGCCUUCUGGCUUUUCAAAGUAUGACAUGAACGUUUCCUCUCUCAUUGAUGGGCUUGGCUGGGGCUGAUUGACUGAGAACAUGAGGUUUAGUUACUGUCCCGAGGCAGUACGCUUGUUCUAUGUCAACCUCGUUCCGGGUCCUGGAUGCGACCUAGCCUUCUUCACAAAAACUGUGUUCAAUUAUGAUAUCACAGUUACUCCUGCUCUCUUGGCAAACCUUCUCAAUCUUCCUCACACUGGACUUCGGGCAGGCACAUAUGGUGAAUUUGCUGCUCGAGGCUUUCGCUUUGAUGCUGCUCUUGCACGCUACACCCGUGAUAUCGGGGAAUUCUUUCCUUCUCCGCUUGCGGCUGGUCGUUUGCCAGAUGACUUGAAGGUGUUGUACUUCUUCAUUACUCGAUGCUUUCUGCUUCGUGAUCUCUCCUGCACUGAUCUCCUUACUCUGCUGAUCUAUGGAUCUUAUCUAAUGCUAAAGAAGGUCGUCUCAUUAGCUCUGCUUCACUAAUGCUCACCCACAUAAUUAAGUUUCAACUUGAAU